AUGCGUUCAAGAGCCCGUGGCAGCAGCAGCGGCGGUGAGGGGGGGGAUCGCGCGGUGGGGUUUUUAGAGGCGUGGCGGAUUCCUGGCGUGGCGCCGUUUGCUCUCUGCCUGUUCUUUGCCAAGCUGGUCGCCUACACGUUCCUCUACUGGCUGCCAUUCUUCAUCAGCCGAACGGAAAUCGAGGGUCGGUACCUCUCUGACGCGCAAUCCGGCAUCAUGUCUACAGUCUUCGACGUGGGCGGCGUGGUGGGCGGCAUUCUCGCCGGCCAUCUCGCCGACCAAACCGCCGCCCGCGCCACCGUUUCGGCAUCUUUCCUCCUCCUCGCCGCCCCGGCUCUAGCUGCCUAUUUCCUCCUAGGAGGCGUCUCCCUGUGGGUGAAUAUCCUCCUUUUAAGCCUCUCCGGUGUGCUGGUUAACGGCCCUUACGCGCUCAUCACUUGCGCAGUGUCUGCCGAUCUUGGGCAGCAUAAAAGUUUGCAAGGGAAUGCCCGAGCGUUGGCUACAGUAACUGCGAUCAUUGACGGGACGGGAUCAGUUGGAGCAGCAUUGGGGCCGUUUAUAACAGGGUUUAUAUCGCAAUUAGGAGGAGGAGGAGGAGGAGGAGGAGGAGGAGGAGGGAUAGGAGGAGGGGGGUUGAGUGGGUGGGGUGCUGUUUUUGUGAUGCUUGGAGUGUCUCUAGUAGCGGCUGUAUUGUGUAUUGGAGGGUUGGUUGUGGAGGAGGUUAGGGGGAUGGUGGAGGGGAGACGAGGGUCGGCGGCAGGGCGGCAAGGUUUGGAACAAGCAGCUUUGGAAAGAAGACCACUGCGAUUAGAAGAAGGUAAGAACAUAUAG